UGCAACUUCCGGUAAAUAAAAUAAACACCAGAAAGGCAUGAAAUUUAAUUUCCCGAUAGAGAAAAGUCCAGUUUGAAAUGGCAGCAUCCGUAGCGAUUAAAGAAGACCCAGAUGAAGCCAUCGAUUUGGAAACAAGAUUCAUUGAGCUAUGCCAGACGUAUACAGAUGGGAUAACAGAUGCUAUCAUACAACAGGAAUUUCCUCAGUGUAAUGCCAAGCAACGAGUCACUGCCAUUAAUAGACUACUAUCAACGGGAAAAGUUGAUCUGUUGAAGCGAGGAACAAAUCUGGUGUACAAAUUAAAGGAUCCAGAUGCUGCCAGUCAAACAAAAGGGUCAGACAACCAAGAGAAGUUGGUCUAUCAGAUAAUAAAGGAUGCUAGCAACAAAGGAAUUUGGAUAAGGGACAUCAGGUACAAGUGUAACCUAUUAUUAACACAAGUCAACAAAAUACUGAAGAACUUAGAGAGCAAGAAAUUAAUUAAGGCUGUGAAGUCUGUGGCGGCCUCCAAGAAGAAGGUCUACAUGUUGUACAACUUGGAGCCGGACCGGACGGUGACUGGAGGAGCAUGGUAUAGCGACCAGGACUUUGAGUCAGAAUUUGUUGAGGUCCUCAAUCAGCAGUGCUUCAAGUAUCUGGAGCAAAAGGCCACCAUUGCAAGGGAGAACCAGAUAGACCCUAUAGCUCAGAGGAAUGCAGCCUUUACCUCAUUAUCAGAUGUAUGGAAGUAUAUCUCAGAACUGGGCAUUAGUAAGGUCCAGCUGUCCGUGGAUGACAUUGAGACUAUCAUGGACACCCUUAUAUACGACGGCAAGGUAGAACGAUCAGUAACAGCAUCCUCCAGUGCUGGAGAGGCCAGCUCCAAGCUGUACCGUGCAAUGAAAUCACUCGUACCUACCACUGGACUCAUGAGGAUGCCUUGUGGAUCUUGUCCUGUAUUUAACCAGUGCUGUGAAGGAGGGCCAGUAUCACCAACAAACUGUGUUUACAUGAAGGAAUGGCUGGAGUACUGACCAUAGAUUGGACUGGAAACACACCAAUGUAUUGUGAAAAACUCAUUCCCCUAGCAAAUCAGUUCUGGGUAUAGGCCUGAUGGAUGUCAAUCGACAAACUGAAUGUUCUAACAGAACAGCAGUGUCUUAAAGGCUAUAGACGAGAGGUCGGUAUUGGUUCUGUUACGACUGAAAGCAUUGAACCACAAAAUGGCUGCGAGGAAAGUGCUUGCAGAAUAAGGAUUUUCAGAUGUAAAACAGCUGCAGAAGACUAGGGAAUCUCUUCUUUUGUUCAUGGUGGUGCAGUUACAGAGAAAGCUACAGGUAUGUAGUGGGAUUCAUUGAAUCAGCAGCUUAUAUGCUCACCAAUGUGUCACAGGUAGAAUAAACCUGAACACAACUUGUUUAAGAAGAUGAUAGAAGCAGAGACCAUUGUUACUACAUGUAUGAAAUAUUUUAAAUAUUUAUUGAAGACUGAAUGAUAUUAAAAAAUGUUGAA